GUGAACGACCCGUUAGUCGGUUGGCGUGCGUGUCACGUGAGCUCGUAUUUUUGUGUCAUAUACACACACAGAACAAGUCACAACAUCGCUGCGAAAACAAUCUAGAAAAAAUAGUAGUUUCGGACGAAGAAAUUUUGCGCAAUUUUUCUCAAUCUUUAAAUAGCCGAUAAAUUUGUUCAAUUUGAUCCACCAUGGCAAACGUUCUCAAUUUCGGCAGAGUGUUAUCCAGCCGGGCGCCGUUGCUAUUCAAAGUGAAUGCUGGCCAAAAGCUGUAUCAAAAUGCCCUUUUCACAACCAGCGCCCAGAAAUACGUUCAACUCAAAAUCGUCAAACCGAAUGAUCUGGAAAAGUUAUCGUACGAAGAGAAAAACUCACUGUUGAAACGCGAACAAUCACCUCAUUUGACCAUCUACAAACCACAAUUGACCAGCAUGCUGUCGAUUAGCCAUCGUAUUAGCGGUUUAAUUCUAAGUGGAUUUGCGACAGCCCUAUGGUUUGGUGCGGUAUUGCCGCCAAAUGAUAUAUCCUACUGGGUGACAGCCGCUGAAGGUGUGCAACUUAGUGCCGCCACAUUAGCAUUCAUCAAAUUCUACGUAGCGCUCCCUGUCACUUUCCACACAUUGAACGGUGUGCGCCAUUUGCUGUGGGACAAUGGAAAAUUCUUACAACUAACUCAAGUCUACAAAACCGGUUGGACGGUCGUUGGUUUGGCCGUUAUUGCUGCCCUCGCUUUGGCUGCAGUUUAAGAAAUAUUUAUGCGAUUCGGUGUGCGUGGACUUAAUUGGAAUAAAAACAAAUUUUCCUUAAAAAAUAA